AGCGAAUGCGCCAAUUUGCUUACAGUCUGGCUCCUUCUACGCUGUAUGAAACACAGCACAGAAACGCAGGGAUUGGGUAAUAGUUUAAUGGUGUUCAACCAGUAAGGACAGGAGAGGGAUCGUUAAGCGCCUCCUACAACGUAGUUUGCUGUUACUACGCAUGCGUCAAGCUGCUUUUCAUUGGCUCACAGGACGGGGCGCCAAGCAAAACAGGGCAAGGAAAAGAUUGGGCGACAGUCUUAGUUAAUCAGCCAAUCAGGACAGCUAGAUGUUCUCUAAGGCUACAUAGCUUUAUACGGAACCUGACGUCGUAUCCAUGGUAUCCAACUAAACAAUAAUACAGCAUCCAAGUGAAGCUGAGCAAUGGAGACACCUGCAGCCGCUGAGGAAAUGAUCCUAUCACCGGUUUCUGACGGGGACAGAAUAGCGAGGGAGCCAGAAACCUCAGAGCCAACAAGGCAAAAAGACACAACUCACCUGGAAACUAUGGAGGAAGAAAACCAGGAGGUAGAUUUUGAGGAGCAUGGCAAAACGGAACGUGAACUUGAGGAACAAGGUGACAAAGAUAGUGAACUCCGGGAACAAACUGAUGUGGAAUUGGAACCUAAGGAGCAAGUUGAUGUGAAACCUAAGGAGCAAGUUGAUGUGGAACGUAAACUCACUGAACAUGAUGAAAACGAACAAGAUCAAGGGAGGCAAGGUGGUAUAGAGCAGAAACAGGGAGAAGACGAUGACAACAAACACGAGCCAGGAGAACAAAGUGUCCAAGAGCAGGAAUCAGGAGAACAAGGUGAAAAGGUGCUUGGUCUAGAAGGUCAAGGUGAAAAGAUGUUGGAAGCAGACGAGAAUGCUGAGUUAAUUGACAAUAAUCAGCUUGCUGACACAUUGACCGAACCAAUCAAUUCUGACCAAUAUACUGGUAAAAAAGAGCAGAUAGAGGAAAACUUAGAGACCAGCAUAAAUGAGCACAAGGUAAAAGAAGUUAUCACAGAAUCUCAAGAGAAUGAGCACGUGGAGUCCCAGGAGGAAGAGCAACCAGGGGAAGAAAAUGAUGAGGAAAUCAAGCAGGGGGGUAAUACAGAAGAGAAUGAAGAUGAACAAGCUCAGGAUGCACUUAUUCAGGAUUAUCAAAUCUUGAUUGCAGAAAGAGACAAAAUUCAACAACAAAAUUUUCAACUUCAGAACAAGCUGUUUGAGUACUUUCGUCGUAAGAAGAGUGAAGAUGCACGACCAGAAAUUCAGAAGCAUGUCUCAGAACUAGAGCAGCGUUAUCUUAAGUAUUUGUGCACUCUUACAGAACUUAAAAAGCAGUGUACAAUAGAGGCUGCCUGCCAUCAGAAGCAGACAGAAGAGCUAAAGACAUAUUGUGAAGAAGUAGUAAACCGGGUGGAUCAUGACUGGAAAACUUUUCAGGAGUACAAAAAGAAAAUUACUUUGUUUGGAGUUGGUCAUCAAGGUGCUGGUAAGCAUGCAUUGCCUUCUGUGGUUAAUACAGUGGAGCAGCUUCAGACUAGAGAAGAACGCAAAGAGAAGGAGGUAAUUCAGGUACGCUUGGAGAACAUCAAAUUAAAGAAUCAAAUCCAUUAUUUUGAGUCCACUUUAAAGGCCAAAGAGGAGUUGGCUGAAGGCUUACACUUAAUUGACUUUGAGCAGCUUAAGAUUGAAAAUCAGACUUAUAAUGAGAAAAUUGAGGAAAGGAAUGAGGAGCUUCUUAAACUCAGAAAGAAGAUCACCAACACGGUAGAACUGCUUACCCACUUAAAAGAAAAGCUGCAAUACGUACAAGGAGAAAACCAAUGCUUGAGGGAAAUGCUACUGGAUGUAGAAGCACAGGUGGCCCAUAAAAGGGACAUACUUACUAAAACCAAAAAGGCUAGGGAUAGCUUAAGGAUGGAUAAUCUAAAACUCAAACAAAAAUGUGGACUGCUAGGCUCCGAGCUGCUUCUUCGGGACUAUGAGGAGAAAGUCGACAGCACUGAAGAGCUAAGCCAGAAAUUGGAAAAUCUAAAGCGGCAUCAUGCUGAGCUCACUCUGUCCACUAAAGGGUUGAUUAAAAAAAUAGAGGAGACUAAAUCUGCUAUGCAAAAAUAAUUUUAUUUUCUACAGUCUUUUAUAGUUUAGUUUCCUUCUGUUUUAAGUUUGAUAUUUUAGCCAUUUAAUUAUUUGGUAUAAACUUGAUACUAUGCUAUAAGACUGCACAUAUGGAUACAAUAUAUAAUGGGAAUAAAUUAAAUGUAUUACUA